AUGCCAAACACAAACUCAGACAGCAAAAUCACUCCCCCACCUCUAUACGACGUCCAUUCCGCCAGCUGUUUGUCAAUAUCACAAACAUUGCUCUCCUCCACCUCACUACUUUCAACCACUAUAAGCGUAUUCCUCCAGUCACCUUCACCAUCCACUACAACGACGCGACCUCCCGCCGCUCCAAUGUUCAGCCCGGAUUUAGAUUACGAGAUGGAGGACGAAACUAUUCAAGAGCGACUCCUUCCUUCAGCUGAACAAAUUCUCGGCCAACUGAAGGCAGCGCGCGAGCUGGCAGACCACCAGGGAGCAAACCAGGGCGUCUAUGAGUGGUUGGGCGGGGUAGAAACUCAGCCAGUAGAUUCUGGCCCUCUCCCGCUGCUUUCGUAUCGUAGUGGGACGAUCAUCUCCCUCUGGCGCUAUUCAGUCUCCUCAUGUUUACGUUGGGCUUCGCUGCUGGCCGCUUCCUUUAAAUUUGGAUAA